CGAGGUUUAGUUAAUAUUUAAUUAUGACGUCACACGUGACUUUAUGAACAAAUAAAGGGAGUUUGUUGCAUGGAUAAACAAACACUUUGUUGUCGCGACUGCAACGACUGCAUCGAUAUAUUUGUGGAAUAAUCGCAACAAUGACCGAACAAAGAAAGGAAUAUUUAUUCAAGGUUCUUGUGAUCGGCGAGUUAGGUGUUGGGAAGACGAGCGUCAUUAAAAGAUAUGUCCAUCAGAUAUUUUCACAACAUUACCGAGCGACGAUUGGUGUCGACUUUGCGUUGAAGGUUGUGCAUUGGGAUGGAGAAACUUUGAUAAGGUUGCAGUUAUGGGAUAUUGCUGGACAAGAACGCUUCGGUAACAUGACGCGUGUGUAUUACCGUGAAGCAGUCGGUGCGUUCAUCGUGUUUGACGCGACCAGAGCUUCUACAUUCGAGGCUGUCAAUAAAUGGAAGAACGAUUUGGAUAACAAGGUUACUUUACCCGAUGGAAGAAAUAUCCCAACAGUUUUACUUGGUAACAAGAUCGACCAAAUGCGAGGUGGAUUAUUAAGCAAUAAACAGCAGAUGGAUAAUUAUUGCGACGAGAAAGGGUUCGUGGCUUGGUUCGAAACUUCAGCCAAAGCCAAUAUUAACAUCGACGAAGCUGCAAAAUAUCUCAUCGAUAAAAUAUUAGACAACGAACGGAGUUAUUCACGUAACCUUCCCGACCCUGAAGCUCUGGAACUAAAUAAGGACGACGACGAAAAGAGCGGUUGUUGCAGAUAAUUGUGACGUAUAAUUAAUACUUUGUGACCCAAUAAACCGCGUUUAACGUUGGGUGGCGACAAAGGUCAUCGUCAAUUUUGCGGAAGUCUUAACAUAAAUGUAUAAGUCAAGCUUUCGAAAAUAAAUAUAUAUAAUCUGGUAA